AGUUCGCAUUUUCGCGAAUCAAAGUGCUUUUUUUCCGUGUGGACGUACGUGCGUAUAAUGACAGCGGGUGUGCUGCUGAUGGCUCGGCUGGGCCGCUUUUGAGCCAUGUUCGGCGUGAUUUGCGACUCCUGGCUCUACCUGCGGACACACUCCCGUCGGCCAGACUCGUCCAGCAUGCGUCUCAGCGUCCAGCGGCGCUGCGAAUGAGAGCGACUGUUCGCGGACCUACGCACAACAGCUAGGCCAUGUUGCGAAUAGGGGAGGGCAACGUCUCUCCGCUGAUCUCAAAGGUCGACUCAAAGUCCCCUGAGCGGAAGGGGCUGCCGGCGCCGCCGCUGCUGCGGCGCGAACUGGGACCAAAGGAAGCGGGGCCGGCGCCGCUGAUGACCAGUCGCUCCUCGAGUCUCCUUUCGCGCGGCUCCGAAUGCAAAAUCGCCGGCAUGUACGACCUCGAGGAGACGCUCGGCAGGGGUCACUUUGCCGUCGUCAAGCUCGCCAGACACGUCUUCACCGGUGAGAAGGUCGCGGUCAAGGUCAUUGACAAGACCAAACUGGACGAGGUCUCCAGGGCGCACCUCUUUCAGGAGGUGCGUUGUAUGAAACUGGUGCAGCAUCCAAAUGUUGUUCGAUUAUACGAGGUGAUUGACACCCAGACCAAACUGUACCUGAUUCUUGAGCUGGCCGACGGUGGUGACCUUUACGACUACAUCAUGCGCUACGAGGACGGUCUAGGCGAGGACAAGGCUCGAAAUUACUUUCGACAAAUUGUGCAUGCCAUUUCGUAUUGCCACAAGUUGCACGUGGUGCACCGAGACCUGAAGCCGGAAAACGUGGUCUUUUUCGAGCAACUCGGAAUGGUGAAGCUCACAGACUUUGGCUUCAGCAACAAGUUCAACCCAGGCCAGAAAUUGGAAACUUCGUGCGGCUCUCUCGCCUACUCGGCUCCCGAAAUUCUUCUCGGCGACUCGUACGACGCUCCGGCAGUAGACGUUUGGUCGUUAGGUGUAAUUCUAUACAUGCUGGUUUGUGGUCAUGCCCCUUUUCAAGAGGCCAACGAUAGUGAGACUCUUACCAUGAUCAUGGACUGCAAGUAUUCCAUGCCAUCCUAUGUUUCGAAAGGCUGCUGCAAUUUAAUUGCAAGAAUGCUGGUGCGUGAGCCUGACAAGAGAGCCAGUCUGGAGGAACUUGCCAAGGACCCGUGGCUGCAGGAGGGCAGCGGUGUUCAGCCGUCUGAGUAUUUGCCACUUAUUUCCAGGGAGCACGUCUCUGAAGAGGACCACAAUUUAAUUAUCCAGAAAAUGGUUUCAGGCAAAAUCGCCGCUAAGGAAGAAAUUUUAGAAGCUUUGGAUAAAAAUGAGUACAACCACAUCACAGCUACGUACUUUUUGCUGGCUGAACGAAAAUUGCGAUCUCAGCGGCAGGAGCAAGCCCAGAAAGUGCAGCAGGGGGGCAAGUCUCUGGCCGCCAGCCCUAACCUCUCAAUGCCAAACUCGUCAAAUAAUCUGAUUUUGCCACACUCGAUCAGUGCCAAACGCGGAUCGCCCCGUCCUGCCCAUCAUCAAAUCAACCAAGGUUCUCCUGGUGAUUUGAUCUUGCCAAAGCCAACUGCUCUCAACUCUGUGUCUGGUUCUCUUCGAACGCAGCAAUCUAGUCACGAAAACUCUCUGCUGCAAGUUCCUGACGAAAAUGUAAUACAGGUUCAGACCAACACUCAGCCAAGAGGUCGGAAGUGCAGCAUCGUCACAGAGGAAGAGGACGAUGACGACGACACCGACAUUGGCGCUGGCAGCGACUCUUCUCGGAGCGGCUCGAGCCACUCGCUGCUGAAUCGAAGGGGCAGCCGCUCUGAAGGCAAGCUGAGCCACAUGGUGCAGGAGUUGAGCACGGUGGAGCGGCCAGACGUGGUUAAGGUGGCUCCACCGCUCCGUUUUCGCUACACACCCAAGUCGAACGCUCUAGUGAGUGCCCCUGGGGGCAAUGCCGCCCCCAGCAAGUUCAAAACGCUGCCCGCGCCGACUCUAACGUUCAGUGACAUCAGUGAGGAGUCUGUGGACGAGAUGAAAGUGAGUGCGCCUCCCCGGGUGGUCCUCACCCGGCCCCCGAAGCCCCACAAGAGCCGGACGGCCAGCUGCAGCUCCUCAGACGCUUCGGAUGAAGACUCGGAAAGCCGGAAAAAACGCAAAUUCAAGUCCCACCUGCCUCCAAGCAGCCGGAGGCGGGACUCAAAUGACGACUCGAGCGACUCUGGAGGUCCCGGACACUCUGCCGGAGGUGGUGGGGGUGGCUCAGGUGGUCUCCAACCCCCAGGACAGACGGCCGGAACUUCCGGAGAGGCUUCAGAAAGUGGAAACAAUGGCAGCGGUUCAUCGUCCGGGGGUCGGAGGCAUGGUGGGGGCGGCUAUCGGAGGAGGUGCGGGACAGCUGGCGAGACAAGACUGCGCGAAAGUCAAUCACUGAACCGAAUCACAGAGGUGCAGGAGAGCUCCGAGAACCUGCUGGCCACCGCUAACAACAACAACAACGCCGUCGCCGCCUCCCCUCGGGUGAGGAGCAAGAGUGGCCUGGGGGCGCGUUUCAUGUUGUUCGUCGGGGGCGGCAAGAAGUCCUCGGCGGCGGCGGCGGCCGCACCCGAGGAUAGCAAGGAGAACAAACAGGGCGCGGCGGCAAGCGGCUCGUCGUCCAGCACCAAAAUCACCAAGUACUUCCACCUGCACCGGAAGCUCUGCCUGCCGCUCUUCAAACCGGCCAACAUCAACUCGACCAGCACCGUCGAGAAUGUAAAUAGUAGCGUCGUGUGGAUCCCGGACAAAACGUAGGGACAAGAUAUUUUUGUAUGCGAAACGAGAAUCUAGGGCGGGGUGGGUCUCUGGACACACUAAUUGAUUUUGGUAAAUUUUCCUCUGAAAUCUCAAGGCCAACAUACAUUGAGAAUAUUUCUCGCCAAAACUGUAUCACGUUUGUAAAGCCGCAAGCGAAAUUUCAAAAUUUUCUCAACAAUUCAAGAGAAAGACGGCGUAAAUUUUGUGCUUGCAUUCUCAUAAAAACUGGUAUUUUGGGAAUUUUGAAAGAAAAUUAGGUUUUCUGCAAAUAUAACUAAAAUAAUUUUUUUUUUCAAACAAGCCAUUUGAAAAAUUGGACUUUUGAAAAUAAUUGUACCGCCUAUUCUUGUGAAUCAAUAUUGAGACAGCUGAUCAAGUUCACUCAAAUUAUACGCAAAAGAAUUACUCUUAAGUUUAGAGAAAUGAAGGUAGCAGUGCACCCACUGUAAUUUUAACCUGCUGUGAGCUCAACUCCCUGCUGGAGGCAAUAGCUUGAAUUUUUCAAACAAUUUUUUCAACUGCCAGAUUCUUUUGGAAAUUUUCAUAAUUAUUCUAUACAGGCACAAGUAAGAAUUUCAUUCUAGCUUCACUUGAACCCAUCUCGGCAGCCCUGAAUGGACCACACCGGCAAAAUGUUUAUUUUAAUUAUAAAAGUGGACACAAUUUCAUAGCUACAAUUGAAAUUUUGAUAAAAAAAAUCCCCUGGUGUUAUCAUAAUUUUGAUUUUAUCCAUACUAAUUUGUCCAGAAAUAAACAAAAUACCGGUGUGGAUCUUUCAACUUUUCCAUUUUUCAUUAAUAAAAAAACGGGUUUUUAAAUUUUUUUUUUAUUCAUCGAAGUCUGUGGUGGUGUCUUUGUCGUACCAACGCAAGCUGUAUAAGACCCCUUGCUCUACAUAAUUAUAUAGUUGACUGAUUACACAUAUAAUUAUUUAACUGUAUCGAUGUCACACAAGUGAAUGAAUUGAUUGUCUCUCACACUAACAAUUUAUUCCCCUCCCGCGAGAGAUCUGUCGUUAUAUUAUUCCACGGAAGUUUAAGAAAUUGUCUCACAUUAUUUGGUGCAAUAAGUUCACUCAGACGCUUUUACUACGCAGGCAUUUGAACAAAAAAACGAGUAUUAAAAUUCAUUUUUGACAUUUUUCGUGUUGUUAGUUUUUCCAAAGUGAAAUGUUCUUAACAAUUGAUAGCUGAAUGUGUUUUAUUGAACGCUUUUUAAAGUAAAACAAUUUAAUUUUGGUGCAUUAAUUAAAAGAAGGCAUGAACGAAAGAAAGGAAGUGGGAACUUAGGAAGAAAUUUAAAAGACUUACAAAACUCUGUGCUGGCAUAGAGCAAAUAAUACUGUUAUCAAACGCAAUUAAUUACAAAUUAAGAUUAGCAAACUUAAUUUAGGAGUUACGACUGAAUGUGGAUGUUUGUUGAACCUUUAUUACCGCUUGAAGAAUCCCGAACACAAUGUUGACCGUUUUUCUGUAACCCUCGAAUCUCUUUUUUUACAUCUCGUGAAAAUUUCCAAAAUUAUGUGUGUAUUUUCAUGUUAAUUUAUUUAUUUAUAUUGAUUAUGACUUGUGAAAGUGUUUGCUGCUGGACACCAGAAUGCUGAAUCACCUGAGAGAAUUUUCUGUUUCUUAAAUUAUUCAUUACUCCCCCCAUUUAAUGUUAAUUACCUAUUUAUUGUGUAUUAUCAGAUUAUGUAAAAUAAAUUCACAAUUAUUAAAAAAAAAAAAAAAAUGAAAUAAACGCUUCAGUGUAAUAAAAGA